AUGUUUGAUGGAAAUAAUGAACCAAUGGAAACCUUAACGAACUCUUAUUCUAAUUGCCAGCAACUUCAAGAACAAUUGGGACAACUUCAAACUGAAUUGUCUAACACAAGAAUCAACCUAGAAAGUGCUAAUGAGAAUAUUGAUACUAAAAACAUGCUAAUAAAAA